UCUCUUAUGAAGUCUCUUUAUAAAUCUUUUGCAGCUUGGCCAAUGAAUGAUAAUACAACUGGCUUCGAAUCAACCGAUGUCCUUGCAUCAACCGAAUUUGCUUCUGGAGCUGGACAUGUCGACCCAGUAGCCGCUAUAAAUCCUGGACUUGUCUAUGAACUGGACAAAUCAGACCACAUCGCCUUUCUUUGCGGUUUGAACUACACUUCGAAAACCCUUCAGCUCAUCGCCGGUGAAGCCGUCACUUGCAGUGGAAAGACCUUACCAAGAAACCUCAACUAUCCUUCAAUGUCAGCUAAAAUUUAUGACUCUAAUAGCUCCUUCACCGUGACUUUCAAAAGAACCGUCACCAACCUCGGUACCCCCAACUCUACCUACAAAUCAAAGAUCGUCUUAAAUCGCGGAGCUAAGCUCAGUGUCAAGGUCACGCCUAGAGUUCUUUCUUUUAAAAGGGUGAACGAGAAACAGUCUUUCACAGUAACUGUUUCAGGCAACAAUCUCAACCGAAAACUACCUUCAUCUGCAAAUCUAAUAUGGUCUGAUGGAACACAUAACGUGAGAAGUGUCAUUGUUGUCUACAUUGGUGAUUACUCGUGAGGCAUUAUCAGUUCACCAUAGUCAUCAUUAUCAUAAUAUUAUCGCCGAAUUGCCCUAUGUGUUUCUUUAUUCUACAUUUGUGUUUCUUAGUUCACAGUUUCAGAUCUUUUCGGGUCAAUUGUCCAAACUCUCUUGUGGUGUCACAUAAUGAAUCAUUGGACGACCAAUAAAAAAAAGAGCACUUUGCAUAUUUAAAAAAAUAUAAAUAAAUAAGAAUGAAUUCAAAGAGGAUGUAUAUAAAAAGUAUUAGACAUCUUAAAAAUUUGGCUGCUUCUUCUCCUUGUAUCUUUUC